AUGCCCCCUAAGGCAUUGGACUACGAGUCACUGAAUGAGAAUGUGAAGAAGGUUCAAUAUGCUGUUAGAGGCGAGUUGUAUCUUCGAGCUUCUGAGCUUCAGAAGGAAGGAAAGAAGAUUAUUUUCACAAAUGUUGGAAACCCUCAUGCUCUAGGACAGAAGCCACUGACUUUCCCUCGCCAGGUGGUUGCUUUAUGCCAAGCUCCAUUCCUAUUAGAUGACCCUAAUGUAGGACUGAUCUUCCCUGCUGAUGCAAUUUCAAGAGCUAAACAUUAUCUUUCAAUUACUACUGGUGGUCUAGGUGCUUAUAGUGAUUCCCGAGGUAUUCCGGGAGUUAGGAAGGAAGUGUCAGAGUUCAUUGAGAGACGUGAUGGAUAUCCAAGUGACCCAGAACUCAUAUAUCUCACUGAUGGUGCCAGCAAAGGUGUGAUGCAGAUCUUGAAUACCAUCAUCCGUGGUGAAGGAGAUGGGGUUCUGGUUCCAGUCCCACAAUACCCACUCUAUUCGGCUGCAAUAUCUCUGUUUGGGGGUUCUCUUGUUCCGUAUUACCUUGAGGAAACAGCAAAUUGGGGUCUUGAUCUUAAUAAUCUUCGCCAGUCAGUUGCACAGGCUCGCUCUAAAGGAAUUACUGUGAGAGCAAUGGUGAUUAUAAACCCUGGCAACCCCACUGGUCAGUGUCUUAGUGAAGCUAAUUUAAGAGAAAUAUUGAACUUCUGUUUCCAAGAAGGCCUAGUCUUGCUCGGGGACGAAGUUUAUCAGCAGAAUAUAUACCAGGAUGAACGCCCCUUUAUUAGUGCAAGAAAGGUGUUGAUGGGUAUGGGGCUACCCAUAAGCAAGGAAGUCCAGCUUGUUUCUUUCCACACUGUGUCCAAAGGAUACUGGGGUGAAUGUGGACAGCGUGGUGGGUACUUUGAGAUGACAAACAUUCCUCCACAGACGGUUGAUGAGAUAUAUAAGGUUGCAUCAAUUGCACUCAGUCCAAAUGUUCCUGCACAAAUAUUUAUGGGGCUAAUGGUCAACCCUCCCAAACCUGGAGAUAUUUCAUAUGAGCAGUUUGUUAGGGAAAGCAAAGGGAUCCUUGAAUCUCUGAGGAGAAGAGCAAGGAUAAUGACUGAUGGAUUUAACAACUGCAGAAAUGUUGUCUGUAACUUCACAGAAGGUGCCAUGUAUUCCUUCCCUCAAAUACGCUUGCCACCAAGAGCAAUAGAGGCUGCUAAAAGAGCUGGAAAAGUUGCUGAUGUUUUCUACUGUCUCAAGCUUUUGGAAGCCACUGGCAUUUCCACUGUCCCUGGAUCAGGGUUUGGACAGAAAGAAGGGGUCUUCCAUUUGAGGACAACCAUCUUACCAGCUGAGGAAGACAUGCCUGCCAUCAUGGAUAGUUUCAAGAAGUUCAAUGAUGAGUUCAUGGAGCAAUAUGAAGAUCACAGAGGCUAUUCGAGGAUGUAA